AAAAAUCAAAAUGAGUAACCAAGAACGAACAACAGGGUUUAUGGAUAUUGGAUGGAUAGUAUAUUGAGGUGCUGAACUGCUCGUUCUUAUUUCAAAAUCCAAAACCAAAAUCAGAGUAACCGUGUCGCAUUUUUCUAUCUUGAAGAAUGAAAUUGUUGCUUCGGCGAUUACCGUGGACGGUGGUUUCCGCCGCCGCACCACUUCCAUUGCAUUCUUCCAUUAGACUUUUCACUCCUCCAAAGCAACUUACCUUCUCCCGUUUAUCCUUCUGCUCCACCUCCGACCUCCAUCUCACUCACCAUCCAGACAAACCUGAACACGAACCGGAUAAUCGUCGCCCGCAGCAUCUGAAACCCGGUCUUUAUCUCGUAGGAACACCGAUUGGAAAUCUUGAAGAUAUUACCUUCAGGGCUCUCCGUGUGUUAAACUCGGCAGAUGUUAUACUUUCGGAAGACACAAGGCACUCUGGGAAAUUGCUUCAUCACUACAAUAUCAAAACACCCCUGAUGAGUUAUCACAAAUUCAAUGAAUCACAAAGGGAACAGCUUGUGCUCAGGAGGUUGAAACAAGGUGAGAUUGUGGCACUUAUAAGUGACGCUGGAACGCCGGGUAUAAGUGAUCCUGGUAUGGAGUUGGCCAAAUUAUGUGUUAGUGAAAAUGUUCCUGUUGUUCCAAUCCCAGGUCCUUGUGCUUUGGUAUCUGCUCUUUCUGCCUCGGGUUUAUCUACGGAUGAAUUUACAUUUGUUGGGUUUCUUCCUAAACAUUCGGGAUCAAGAAGAAAAAGGCUCAUGGCUUCGGCAGAGCAAACAGCAACACAAAUAUUUUAUGUUCCUCCUCACAAGCUUUCUCAGUUUCUUGAAGAGGGUUCAUCAAUUUUUGGUGAUACAAGGAAAUGUGUUAUUGCUCGAGAAAUGACAAAGUUUCAUGAAGAGUUUUGGCGCGGAUCACUUGGUGAAGCCAACCAUGUAUUUUCUACUCGCCUGCCAAAAGGAGAACUUACCAUAUUGAUUGAAGGGCAAGCAAAUUCUAAAGUUGAACCUCCGUCUGACACCGAGCUUGAGAAUGAACUAAGAGAAUUAAUUGAAAAUGGCGAGAGUCUUUCCACGGCUGUUAAACUGGUUACUGGAAGAACAUCAGCAAGUAGAAAAACUAUAUACUCACUUGCUUUAAGAAAAUUCGGUAAGCAACUUGAAGUGGAAGAUGAUUCAAGUUAGCAGCCGAUUCUUCCUGGAGAGACAGGCAUCAUGUAAUACACAGUACAAGUUUCUGUUGCUCAAUCCUUCAAUUAGAAUGGACAAAAGGCUUCCAUCAAGAGGAAUAGUUUACCAUUUAUUGUUGAACAACGGUUGAUCGAUCAUGUAUAGAAGGGUUAGUGCACUAGCAUUUACGUUGCUGCCUUGGCUUCACACGGUUUAUAUCUUGAAAGCAACACUCGGCAAUAGGAAUUGAUUGUACAAACUUGAUCACUUGAGAUGUAGAAAUAGAAGAAGUACCAUAUAGUUGUGGGUUGUUAAAUCCAAAAAGGAGAGUUCUAAGAUAAGCAAACUCCAUCUCCCAUAUCUUGUACUCAUCCCAGAUGUUUUCUCCCCAAAACUUGACUUAGGGAGUCGGUCAUUCCUAAAAUAAUCUGCAAUUAAUAUACGUUUUCUCCCACUCUGAUGGAACAUAUUCUCUUGAAUGACACUUUUGAGAAUGUACUUAUUUUUUUGAGAUUAAGAUUAAUUUAUUUUGCUUAUAUUCAA